GCUUGGGCAAUGCAGCGUGUGGCGGCUCACUGCUCGAGUAUGGUCGAGACUCUCCGGUAUUUGGUUUGCUUCCCGAUUCUGUUCGUCCUGGCGCUGCCCAGCAUUAUGCAGUUUGAGUUUCAGGGCUUGGCAUGGAAGUGGCUUGAGAAGGGCGGGGUGCCCAUCGCGCGCAAGAAGGAGUCCUCUCCAUGGGCCGGGCCAUCGGGUCACCUGGAGCACGUGCAGAGCGGCAUGGGCCGAAACGAGGUGAUCUGGGUGGACACAGAAAGCAACUUCAUGGAGGAUGUGGCACAAGAAGCCAACGAAGAGGUGGCUGCGGUGGUGGCCCAGACUCCCGCAGCCCAGCUGGCGCAGCAGCUGGCCCGGCAGGCCGGCGUGGACUUCCGAAGUGUAGACUCCUUACGCAUCGCCCGGCUUUCCGUCCUCCUCAAGAAGCACAUGCGCCCGGUCAGUGGGAUCCUUACUGCACAACCUUUCAAGACUUUCCACUUCAGAUGCCGGAACGGGUAG